AUGACAGGCGACAUUUCAUCGGCUCCACCACCAUACACUCCUACGUCAGGUAAUGAAACGAAAUCAGCAAUGUUCCCGACAUCGCAACCGGAUUCAGUGCAAUUGCUGUAUCAACCACAACAUUCGUUACCACCGUGUUUGCAAAAAUGCACCUUUUCAUCCUCGUUGACACAAGCGCCAGCAGAACCAAUCAUCAUGCCAGUUGUGGUGACACAACCAAAUGUAGCACCAUAUCCCUACCAACAACAAAUGUCGGAUAAGCCAGUAAACGUUGUUGUUAAUGCUAAUAGUAGAACUGAAGAAAACAGUUUAGGAAGAGAUUACAGGAUAUGUAAUUUCUGCAAACGUGGAAUUAUGAAAAAGAAGAAGGACUGGCUGAGGGUUACAGCAAUUUUACUUGUGAGUAUACUCUUCCCACCGCUUUCAUUUUUAUGUUGUUUUUUCCUAUGCACUCGUGUGAUUUACUUUGGCGAAUGUUCCGCUUGUCAUCGUAUUUCAAAAAAAGAACAUAGGGCAUUUUGA